AGCGCUACGAAUGUCCAAUGGUUAAAAUCAAAAGUGAAAAAGAUAAUUUGAACACAAUAACUGAAGUAACGUUCAAACCUUCAGUUGCAGAUUUUCGACGAAAAUUUAAAAUAGUAAAGGAAGGGAACACAAUUUUUAUUUCUUUGAUAGAUACGAGCAGUUGGUUGUGUUUGAUCUGGGCAGACACAGUUGAUAAGCUGAAUUUUAUUGUUAAACCAAACAAUAAUAAACGAGUGCUGGGUGGAAUCGGUAAUGCGGAAGUGGUCACGUUGGGCAGUUUCGAAAACAGCAAAGUCUAUGAUGACCAAAUCACAGAAGAGUCAGAAAUAUUAGCUUUUAGUAUAAUUUGUAUAGAAGAGCAGGCGCCGAAGCGAAUGUAUGAUUUGUCACAUCAGGAUAAGGGGGAAAUGUUAAAAGUGGAAAAGCUGAUUGCUCAAUAUAAGCCAAAGGGAAUAAAAUUUUCCCCAGUGGAAAUGAAAAUUAUUUUAAAAGAUGAUGUACCGAUACAUCAGCCACCCAGGAGCGUAUCGUUUCAAGAUCAAAUAAUAAUAGAUGCUCAAGUAAAGCAAUGGUUAGAUGAAGAUAUUAUUACCCCAGGUGUAUACGCUUACGCGUCGCCGAUUGUGCUUGUGACUAAAAAGGGCAAAACAAAGCGAUUAUGUUGCGAUUAUCGCAAAUUAAAUGAGACAAAUUUGCGCUAUAAUUUCCCAAUGACAUUGAUGGACGAGAUAGUUAAGAAACUCCAGGGAUAUAAAAUUAUUUCCACAUUAGAUCAGACUAACGGAUUUGUGCAUAUUCCUGUCGAAGAAAGCCCUAGAAAAUAUACCUACAUCGUUUGUUACAAUGAAAGGUCAAUUUUAAUUUAAAUUUGUGCCGUUUGGCAUCUCUAAUUCACCAGCAGUAUUCUGCAGGUUUAUCCAUUCGAUUUUUAAGGAACUAAAAGAUAAGGGAAGUGCAGUCACUUAUAUGGAUGACUUAUUUAUUCCAUCUAUAGACGAAAAGGAGGGGUUAAUAAAACUUUAGGAAGUCCUUACAGCAGCAGUGCUGGACUACAGAUUAAGUGGAAAAAGUGUAAUUUUUUGAAACGUAAAGUAAAUUUUUUGGGGUAUAUAAUCGAAAAUAGCACAAUUUUUCCGUCGGCCGAGAAAACCAGAGCAGGUAAAGCUUUUAAGCCUCCCAGAGACAAAAAAGCCAUACAACAGUUGUUGUUGUUUUUCAGUGGAAGGAAAAACAGGCAAUUUAUUUCGAGCAACUAAAGACUUCGCUAUCACAAUCUCCAGUUUAAGAAUUGUAUAACCCGAACGCAAUAACAGAAGUUCAUACAGAUGCAUCAAAGCAUGGGUAUGGGGCAGUAAUGUUACAAAAUAGGGCAGACGAUGAAGCAUAUCAUCCAGUACAGUUCAUGAGCCAGAAAACAAGUUCAGCUGAAGAGAAUUAUCAUUCUUAUGAACUCGAAGUGCUCGCCAUCGUCAACGCAUUAAAGAAAUGGAGAGGGUAUUUGUUGGAUUUAGAAUUCAAAAUCAUAACAGAUUGCAACGCAUUUGCUAUGACAUUUAAGAAAAAAAAACGUUAUGCCACGGGUAGCUAGGUGGGUAUUGUUUUUCCAAGAAUUUAAUUAUACUAUAGAACAUAGGUCAGGCUCUAAAAUGAAGCAUGUCGAUGCUUUAAGUAGUCUAGCGCGUAUGUCAAUAGACGAAUCGUUACAGCAUAGACUAUAAAAGGCACAAGUAAAAGAUGAAUGAAUGAAUGAAUUGGAAAAUACUAUUACAUUCCAGGGCUCGAGGAAAAAGUAAAAAAUAUAGUAAGCAGUUGUGUCGAAUGUUUAAUAAUGAACACAAAGAGUGAUAAAUUGGAAGGAUUUUUGUCGCCAAUCGAGAAAGAAGAUUAUCCUUUAGGGACAUUUCACAUAGAUCAUGUAGGCCCAAUGACAACGACCGGGAAACAGUACAAAUAUAUCCUAGUUGUGAUCGAUGCAUUUACAAAAUUCGUGUGGCUUUACCCAACAAAAGAUACAAGUGCGGAGGUGGUUUAAAAUGUGCUUUCAAAGCAAGCCAAUAUAUCUGAUAAAGGAUCAGCAUUUACAUCACAAGCUUUCAAAAGUUAUUGCGAUGAUAAUAAUAUAAUAAUAAUAUUCGACAUCUAUUAAAACGGCGGUGCCAGCAGAAAACGGACAGGUGGAACGAAUUCAUAUGGUAGUAACCCCAAUGCUUGCUAAAUUAUCUCACCCGAAUGCCUCACAGUGGUACAAGUAUAUCGGAAAGGUUCAGCAGUUUAUAAAUAAUUCUCUUAGUCGAAGUACAAAACAGGCCCCAUUUAAGAUUUUGACAGGUUGUGACAUGCGAGUAAACGAGGACCUUGCGUUAAACGGAAUUUUAGAAAAUGAAGUAGUAAGUUAAACGAUAGGCGUGAUAAGUUGCAUGAAGUAGCUAAAGAAAACAUACGGAAAAGUCAAAAAGCAAAUAGGAAGUCAUUCAAUAAGAAACGUAAAAAGGAAAUUGAAUAUAACGUAAAUGACUUGGUUGCAAUUAGACGAACACAAUUUGGAAGCGGGAUAAAGUUACGACCCAAAUUCUUGGGAUAAUACAAGGUUUUAAAAAGAUUGAAACACGAUCGAUACGAAGUAGAAGGAGUGGGAAAUGAUGAGGGACCUAAGCUAACACCGACCGCUGCGGACUAUAUGAAAAGGUGGUAACGUUAUUCAAGGCGAAUAGGUAGUCAGGAAUGGCCGAGUUGUGGGACGGAGAAAUACGACCAUGCGGACUGGACUUUGAACACUCAUGUGGAAAAACGAAAAGAGUGCUCUGACAUUGAGUAAUGCUGUAAAACUAAAAGUGUGUAUUGUAUUGUAAUUUAAAUAUUCCUAAACUAAAAGUGUGUUUGUAAUAGGAACAUUGUUGUAAUAAAAAAAAAGUGUACUCUGUAAUUAGAGUAUAAAUAUUAAAACAUUAAACUAUUAAACCUCACAUACUACCAAUAUUUAGAAGUAAAGCUAUUAGUUAUAUGGGGGCUAGGGCAGGUUUUCACGCGCAGGUUUCACGAAUAUACACUGUUAUUGGAAAAAGCUUCACUCUGAAUUUAUUGAUGCGCUAUGAAGUCCACCGAAAGUUGAAAAUCUUUACAUCAGGUACAUGGAGAUCCGAUUCAGCACUAUUAUCAGGCUGUUGAUGCUUGCAGAUGAAGACAAUCGCAUGCAUACAACGUAGCUGUGUAUCACGACUUCGAUUUUGCAUCAUCAGAAGUGCUUUGGAUAUGAAUUAUUACAUAUAGACGUUUCAUCGACUUCGGAUUAGUUACAUUGAUCACGGAGUAACUCACAGAUAAUAUACAUUACGUGUACAUAUAUAACGACAGAUUAAAUACGGCGAUAUAGAAAAGAAGUAUACCAACUUGAGAAAUAAAAUUAAUCACUCGUUUCUCGUAGUCUUAAUUAUAACAAAUGAUGUUAAGUAGGGAAGCAAGUACACCGUCCAUUGCUAAACAAAAAACAGAGAAAAGCAAUAACAUUACUAAUUUAAGUCCGAAGGAAAAUAUCAAAAGCCUGCAUGAAUUAUUUCUGGAAAUACUGGACGCAGUGCUUUCAUGCGUCAUAGUGGCACCUUGCGUAAUCGCCUAUUGGCGAGGAACUUGGGAACUGAUGGGAGUUUUAUUGUUCCCACGGAGCAUGCCGCUAUCUGCGCUGAUGUCCUUUUUGAUUGGUAUUUCGGGUCACUUCAUCUUUACAAUCACGCAAUCUUGUUUUCGAAGUUACAUUAAUCCUGAUAAGCGUCGCCUCACUUAUUACGUAAUUUCGCGAAGCUACACAGCUCUAUUCGGCAUCGUAUGUGUGAACAUGUGGCGAGGCUCGUGGAUCUUAUGCGAUUGGCUCACCAGUGCGGACUCCUUAAUAAUUAUUGUCGCCGUAACGCUAGUGUCUUUGAUGUUUUUGAUUGCAACACGGACUGUUCGAAAUCUAAGCGCCGCACCAUAUGCGGUUACAAUGGACCAUAAAAAUGAUUAUUUCGACGUUGACACUAUGUUUAAAAUACCGGGUUUUCACCAACCUGGCUUGUACGUUCUCGACACACUGUUUUCCGUUCUAGUCAUUGGAACAUUAGUUGUUAUUGUCUGGAGAGGAGUAUGGGGAAUAAUGGACAUAACAUUUUACCCUUUUGACAGAACAAAGUCCUCUUGGAGCUCUUUGAUUCUUGGCUACAUAAUCGUCGUCAUAACAUUCGUUAUCAAACCUAUUAUACGCUGCAUAUGCAAGAAAAUUGACGGAAUGUGUAAAUUAAUUAUUUGUGACAUGUUCUAUUUUUUAAUAUUUUUUGGAGCUGUAAACGCAUGGCGAGGAAUAUGGAACCUGUUGGAUAUUUACGUGUAUCCAGACAAUAAAAUACUAAGCUAUUGGUUAACACAUCUAAUACCAUUCCUUGUGCUUGCUGCCCUGAAAUGCUCAAAUUCAAUAUUAGUGCGUGGGGUUUUCAUAGAUGCGGAAGGUACGCCCGAUGAAUGCGUAACUAUUCCAAUAAAUUAUGUUAAGCUACAUUUUGAAAGAGAGCGCAAAAAGAAAUCUAUAUAUAUGUGCCAUCAGACAGACAUGAUGAAAAAGGCGAAUAAGGAUGCCCAAACCAAAUUAAUCGAGAAGUUUGAGAAAGUGGAAAUUAAGAUGCAAGCUGGCAAAGAUGCAGCUCGUCUUGUGUAACUAAUAUACAUAGCCUUAUGUAGCAUAUGUACAUACAUACAUACAUAAAUAUGUAUAUAUAUAAGUAAUAUUUUCUACAUCAGAAGUACAUCCAACCGAGCACCUUAAUACAUAUCGAUUUACCAGAUAAAAAGGGCAAUUUUAAAGUAACAUUAAAAUUUUAUUAAAAGUAA